AUCGCCAUCUUUGCUGUCAGGAAGAAGUUUUCCAGCGUUUUGGAAAAUAGUUUUUAUCGAUCGUUUACUGUGGGAGGCGCAGUUCUUUUGAAAACAACAUGAUUUAGCGUUUGCCAGACACGUACAUAGAAUUUGCAGACAGUAGACUGGUGAAUUGAUGACAGAGAUCAGAGAUUUAUAGUUGUCACAAUGUAUUCUACGGCAAAUAAGAAGUCUACUUUACCACGUGGUCCACGAAUGAAACUGAAAUAUCAAUCGUUUUAUAUCGCGUUGUUUACAAUGAUUCUCUUUGGAUUGAUUACCACCGGUCUGUUUCAAUUCUGGCCGCAUUCAAUUGAAUCAGACCACAAUACCCAUGGAUUUAAACUUCGCAAUAUCCAACAGCUGUCAGAGGUAACCAUAACAACAGAAAACUCUAUCCCGGAAAAGGGUGAUUUGAAUUGUCGUUUUUCCACCUGUUUUGAUGUUUAUAAUUGUAACUAUGAAAUUGGACGUAUCAGUGUUUACAUUUACCCGUUGCGGAAGUAUGUGGAUGAGAAUGGACAAGCCAUCAGCAAGCCAUUGUCAAAGGAGUUCCAUGAGAUUUUAGAAGCUAUUUCUGAGAGUUUUUAUCAUACCACCGACCCAGACAAAGCAUGCAUAUUCAUACCAGCUAUUGAUGUAUUAAACCAGAAUUCACUGAGGUUGCAUGAGACUGCACAAGUACUGGCACAACUUCCAAAAUGGAAUGAGGGUACAAAUCAUUUGUUAUUUACAAUGCUACCUGGUAGCGUGCCCGAUUAUAAUACGGCAUUAGACGUACACCGUGGUAAGGCUAUCUUAGCUGGUGGCGGGUUUUCCACAUGGACGUAUCGUGAUGGUUAUGAUGUCAGUAUACCGGUAUUCAAUCCUAUGGUAACACAUGUGGAUUUACAACAUAGACCUGACAGGUUCUUGGCCAUCUCUGCACAGGUUGGAAUCCAUUCUGAUUUUCGACAACAGCUGAAUGCGAUGGCAUUAGACAGUGAUAAUAUCCUGGUUUUAGAUGAGUGUCAUAUUAAUAAUGAAGACAUUUCACCCAUGGA